AUGACGACGUCCCUGCAGUGGUGGGGGUCCCUGAGUGCUCAUGGCCGCAAGUUCAUCAUCGGGAACGCGCGGGUGGAGAACUGCGCCGUGAUCUACUGCAACGAGGGGUUCUGCCGGCUCUGCGGGUACUCGCGGGCCGAGGUGAUGCAGCAGCCCAGCACCUGCGACUUCCUGCACGGGCCCCGCACCCAGCGCCGCGCGGCCGCGCAGAUCGCACAGGCCCUGCUGGGGGCCGAGGAGCGCAAGGUGGAGAUCUGCUUCUACCGCAAGGACGGCAGCUCCUUCCCGUGCCUGGUGGACGUGGUGCCGGUGAAGAACGAGGAUGGCGCCGUCAUCAUGUUCAUCCUCAACUUCGAGGCCGUGAGGGAGCCCGAGCCGGGGGAGGCCCCGGCCCCCAGCACCAACCACUGGGUCACCCCGGCCCCCUGGGGCCCUGCAGGGCGCAGCCGGUCCCUGCGGCUGAAGCUGCUGGCGCUCACCGGCAGCCGCCAGUCGCUGCCCCCGGAGCCGCCGGAGCCGCCGGACGUGGUGGUCGUGGACCCGGGGGUGGUGGACCCGGGGGUCAUGGACCCAGGGGUGGUGGACCCGCUGGUCAUGGACCCGGCCCUGCCAGGCAGCGACUCGGGCCCCGAGGAUGCCUCAUCCUCGCUGGAGCCCGGGACCGGGGACCGUCCCGAGGACGAGGCGGCGCUGAUGGGGGACCCCGAGCCGCCGGUGACACAGUCGUCCCCGCGGGCCGAGCGCCUGGCGCUGGCCUUCGCCAACCACAGCCUGGCCCGGAGCCGGUCCCGGGAGCGCCGGUCCCGGGAGAGCCUCCGCAGCCUGCGCCGGGCGUCGUCCGUCGAUGACAUCGAGGCCAUGAAGGGUGACGGGGACAAGCGCUGCCACAGCCGCCACACCAGCGCCAGCGCCGGCCUGCACCGCGGCUCCAGCACCGGCGCAGUGGCCGCCGUGCGCAGUGCUCUGCUCAACUCCACGUCGGACUCGGACCUGGCGCGGUUCCGGGCCAUCGGCCGCAUCCCACAGAUCACCCUCAACUUCGUGGACCUGCAGCCUGGGGGGCUCCUGGCCCCGCCCCCGGCCCCCCGCCCCAUCAUCGCCCCCACCAAGCUGCGCGACCGCACCCACAACGUCACCGAGAAGGUCACACAGGUGCUGUCGCUGGGCGCCGACGUGCUCCCCGAGUACAAGCUGCAGGCGCCGCGCAUCCACCGCUGGACCAUCCUGCACUACAGCCCCUUCAAGGCGGUGUGGGACUGGCUGAUCCUGCUGCUCGUCAUCUACACGGCCAUCUUCACGCCCUACUCGGCCGCCUUCCUGCUCAGCGACUCCGAGGAGGCCCAGCGGCACCACUGCGGCUACUCCUGCAGCCCCCUCAACGUGGUGGAUCUCAUCGUGGACAUCAUGUUCAUCAUCGACAUCCUCAUCAACUUCCGCACCACCUACGUCAACUCCAACGAGGAGGUGGUCAGCCACCCCGCCAAGAUCGCCAUCCACUACUUCAAGGGCUGGUUCCUCAUCGACAUGGUGGCCGCCAUCCCCUUCGACCUGCUCAUCUUCGGCUCCGGCUCCGAGGAGACGACGACGCUGAUCGGGCUGCUGAAGACGGCGCGGCUGCUGCGGCUGGUGCGGGUGGCGCGGAAGCUGGACCGGUACUCGGAGUACGGGGCGGCCGUGCUCUUCCUGCUCAUGUGCACCUUCGCCCUCAUCGCCCACUGGCUCGCCUGCAUCUGGUACGCCAUCGGCAACGUGGAGGGGCAGAGCACGGGCUGGCUGCACGCCCUGGGCCAGCAGAUCGGCAAACCCCUCAACAGCAGCGACCCCCGGCGAGGGCCCUCCAUCAAGGACAAGUACGUCACCGCCCUCUACUUCACCUUCAGCAGCCUCACCAGCGUCGGCUUCGGCAACGUGUCCCCCAACACCAACUCCGAGAAGAUCUUCUCCAUCUGCGUCAUGUUGAUUGGAUCGCUGAUGUACGCCAGCAUCUUCGGGAACGUGUCAGCCAUCAUCCAGCGGCUGUACUCGGGCACGGCGCGGUACCACACGCAGAUGCUGCGCGUCCGCGAGUUCAUCCGCUUCCACCAGAUCCCCAACCCCCUGCGCCAGCGCCUCGAGGAGUAUUUCCAGCACGCCUGGUCCUACACCAACGGCAUCGACAUGAACGCGGUGCUGAAGGGGUUCCCCGAGUGCCUGCAGGCCGACAUCUGCCUGCACCUGAAUCGCAGCCUGCUGCAGAACUGUGCCCCGUUCCGGGGGGCCACCAAGGGCUGCCUGCGGGCACUGGCCAUGAAGUUCAAGACCACUCACGCCCCCCCGGGGGACACGCUGGUGCACGCGGGGGACGUGCUCACCGCGCUCUACUUCAUCUCCCGCGGCUCCAUCGAGAUCCUGCGCGGGGACGUCGUCGUCGCCAUCCUGGGUAAGAACGACACCUUCGGGGAGCCGCUGCACCUCCACGCGCGGCCGGGGAAGUCUCGGGCGGACGUGCGGGCACUCACCUACUGCGACCUGCACAAGAUCCUGCGCGAGGACCUGCUCGAGGUGCUCGACAUGUACCCCGAGUUCUCCGACCGCUUCUGGGGCACCCUCGAGAUCACCUUCAACCUGCGCGACACGAACAUGAUCCCCGGCUCCCCGGGCAGUGACGAGCUGGACGGAGGCUUCUCCCGGCUCCGCCGCCGCAAACUGUCCUUCCGCCGGCGCCCCGAGAAAGACGCCCCCAGUCCCGAGAAGCCCCGGGCGCUGCGGGAGGGCAAUGGGGGGGGUCAGGCCCCCGGCGCCCCCCGGGGCCCGGCCGAGUGGGACCCCCCCAGCCCCUCCAGCUGCGGCUCCAGCGAUGAGGAGGAGCCCCCCGCGCCCCCCCCGGGGGCCACCGCGCUGUCUCCUUUCCGCAGUGCCCCCCCGGCCCCCCCUGAACCCGAGGAACGCGAGGGCAGCGACAUGUGCAACCCCCUCUCAGGCGCCUUCUCGGGAGUCUCCAACAUCUUCAGUUUUUGGGGUGACACCCGGGCCCGCCAGUACCAGGAGCUCCCCCGUUGUUCCCACGGGGCCCCCCCCAAUCCCAGCCCGUCUCUGACCCGCCGCCAGCGCUCCGACCUGGAAUCCCGCUUGGAUCUGCUCCAAAAACAGCUCAACAGGCUGGAAUCCAGGCUGAGCACGGACAUCUCGUCCAUCGUGCACCUGCUGCAGCGCCAGGUGUUGGUGCCCCCCGCCUACAGCACCGUGACCUCCCCCCACCAGCCCCCCCCGGGGCCGCUGCAGCCCCCCCUGCCCAUCACCCCCCUCCGGCCGCUCGCUCAGGUGAGGGACCCCGGGGUUGGGGGGCACCUGCUUUGGGGGGCACCCCGCUGUCACAUCUCUCUAAUGGGAGCGCCGGGGCACGGCGGGACCCCGGAGCCACGGGACCCCCGACCCCGGAAAGUGGCACCCCCGGAGCCCUCGGACCCCAGGACCUGGGACCCCUGGAGUCCUCGGGCCCCGGCACGUGAGACCCCCAAAGCCGAGGACGUGGGACCCCCGGAGCCACAGGAACCCCAGAUUCCGGAAUGUGGGACCCCCAGACCCGGCACCCCUGGACACCAUGGCCUGGGACCCCUGGAGUCACAGGACCCCUGA